CAUCUCAAUCAGCUGUCUCGAAUCAACUUAUUAAACUUUAAUAAAUACAAAUUUUGUAAAGCAAAUUUAAACAAAUUACAAUAAGCACAAUGACUCAGGAAAUGCUUCUUGGUGAUGAGGAGCCUAGCAGCAACAAGGAGACCUAUCUGCAACAGUUCUGCGUGCAAGCAAAGAACGCAACCGGCGACGCGCUAUUGGAUGUCAUCAAACAAGUCUUGGAUGCGCCGAAUGUCUUUGUGUUUGGCGAACUAUUGACUGAGCCCAAUGUGCUAGCGCUGAAGGAAGGGCCGCAUGCCAAGUACUACAAUACGCUGAAUCUGUUUGCUUACGGCACCUACAAGCAGUUCCGCGCACAGCAAAAUGACUACAUAGAGCUGACGCCGGCAAUGACAAAGAAGCUGCAGCAUCUUACAAUUGUCUCACUGGCCAUCAAAUCGAAGAGCAUUCCCUAUGUGCUGCUGUUGAACGAGCUGGAGAUCGAUAAUGUGCGUCAUCUCGAGGAUAUUAUCAUUGAAGCUAUUUAUGCUGACAUUAUACAUGGCAAGCUGUUUCAAAACACACGCAUACUCGAAGUGGACUACGCCCAGGGGCGUGACAUACCCCCAGGCUAUACGGGCAAGAUAGUGGAGACACUGCAGGCCUGGGUGAACUCCUGCGACGGCGUCUCCAAUUGUAUUGACAUGCAGAUAAAGUAUGCAAACACCGAGAAGGCGAAGCGUCUCUAUAACAAGGAGCGCAUCGAGCAAGAGCUCAUCAAUUUGAAGAAGGUGCUGAAGAGCCAAGCCUCCGACAGCGAUGAGAGCAUGCAAAUUGACACACACGGACCGGGCCCCAGUGGCAGCGGUGGCCUCAACCAAACCGAGCUGCGCAAGAAGCCCGCCAAGAUGAAGAACCCACGCACUAGUGCAGUUGGCCUGAAGUUUAGCAAGUGAGUGAGCAGCAUCAACAGCAGAAUCCAGCACUACGCACUCGGUUAAUAUAAAUAUUAGUCAUACGAUUUAUCAAUAAAAGCAAAUCAUAAAUAUAA